UUCACCUCUGUUUUCCACAGUGCCACACUACCAUACUUUCAUGUCAUCUUCCAAUCCAAGGCAUCCUUCACCACGAAGCAACUGCAUUGCCUAUUUGAGAAACACUCCUCGUAUAACUCAUUUUUCUUAGUAUUUCCCUUAUCUAAACCGUUUAUUUUGAAGAUGUUCAAAAAUUAUCUACUAAAAAAAAUACUUGAAUAUCCGUUUUAUACCUUUUCAACACAGUAAGUCCAAAACCCAUAAGCCCAAAAUGAAUUUUAUAUAAUUGUUCAUUUCCUCUUCCCAAGAAAAUCAACUAUAUAAACAAAGCCAUACCAUUCCCUUCUUCUUUUCAAGUCACUCUGAUUGGCUCUGCUUCGCUUAUUGUCUAUCCCCUCAAGGACAUGGCCGCUGCUGCUGCUAACCCAGCAAGAGAGCGGUUCAUCGCGUUUCUUGGGGGCUGGUUGGAGCGUCAGCAAACCUUCCUCGAUCGGCUCCUUCGUUUGGUGGAUUUACCCAGCUCAGAAAACAAGGCCCACCAACAGAGGCAUUUGAUCGAACAGGUUCUGUGCCACUACCAACAAUACUUCGCAGAGAAGGCACUGACCGCGGAGGAGGACAUUUUCGUGCUGUUCUCUCCGCCGUGGCUGAGCUCGUUAGAGCGGACCAUGCUCUGGCUUGCUGGGUUCAAGCCCUCAUUGGUGCUGCGCAUGGUGGACAGCUCGGUGGAGGACUUGGCGGCGGAGCAGGCGAGGGAGAUGGAAGUGGUGAAGGGCGAGACGCGGCGGGCGGAGAGGGAGCUGUCGGAGACAAUGGCGAGGAUACAGGAGAGCGUGGCCGCGCCGCCGAUUCUAGCGCUGGCGAGGAGAGUGGGUAGGCUGAUGGACGGCGAGAUUUCGUCGCUGGAUUUGGCAAUGGAGACGCUGAAGGCGGCGAUGCUGGGGGUUUUCGAGAGCGCCAACGGGCUUCGCGGGUCGACAGUGAGGAAGGUGGUGGAGGUCUUGAGCCCCGAGCAGACCGUGAAGGUUUUGGCGGCAGUUGCUCAGUUUCAACUCGGAAUUAGAAGGUUGGGGUUGCAGAGAGACUCUCAGCAGCAGAGCUAACGUUGGCAUUUUGGCAUUUGGAUGGAUCAUAUCAUCAAAGCUUUAAAUAAUUUCUUAGUGUUCGGGGCCUUGAUUGAGUUUGAGAAAUGGCAAAUUGUAUUUUAGGCCCAACUGGCCUUUUUCUCUUUUCCUUUCGUUUUUUAUUUGUUUUUUUCUUCUUUUGUUUUCUACUUCCCUGAAUAAGUAGAUUCAGUUCCUCUAGUGUGUUUUGCAAAACAUCAUCUACUGGGAUUUUAAGUAUGAUAUGUUAUGUUGUUACACUUCAAUUUUAAGGUUGACAUGUUAUAUUGUUAGACGUUAAGUUCAAGUCUGAAAUAUAAUGUUAUAGAAGCUAACUUCAAAUUUAGUAUUUGAUUUGAGCUGA